CAAAAUUCAUUUCUAAAUUCAUGCUCAUAACGUCCCCAGCUUCCACAAAUAUAUAGAUACAGAAUUGUGUAUAUGUGUAUAUAGCCCUCCUUCUUCAACUCUUCGAAGAGGCCAAAACACGGGAUCAAAAGAGCGUUUUUGUGGAAUCGCUGCGAAAACCGAAGAAAAAUUCGGAUCACGAAAAUGGGCCAGAACACAGGGGCCAACAGUAAAGGUAAGAAGGAAGAGGUGAAAAGGGAGCAGGUGGAGGAGGAGGAGGAGGAAGAAGAAGAGCAGGAAGAACAGGACGGCGUGUCCGUACAUUCUCCUUGCAAGCCUCCAUCUUCAUCUCUCCGCAAGGAGCAAUCGCAGGUGGAAUUGGAGCUGAGGUUGCUGGAAGCUCUUGAAAUCUAUCCUCCCGCCAAAUUAAGAGGAGUUCAUCGUCACUUUGUCCUUUAUGGGUUAACAGAAUAUCUGCGAAGGAGCUUUAAUAAGCACUUCACUGCCGAUGAUGUAUUGAAGUUGUUGGAUCGCUUCUACAACUUGGAAAUGCUGAAAGCAGACGAUGAUGAGGGAGAAAUUCUGAAUCAAGAGGAAGAAUUUAGCUUGCCUCAAAGCUAUUUCUCCAAGGAAGAAUCUUAAAUGUGUAUGACAAAGCUAGGCUCAAGUUUGUCUUUUUGUUUCCUUGAUCGUUAUCUUCAGACUACCUUUUGUAGAUUGUGAUAACUUGGCAGGGAAACUGAAUUUUGUCUUCAAUAUCCUAAAUAAACACUUCCCAGAUCUUAGAAUAUUGUCUUCUAAGUUA